AUGGCCGACUCCAGCGCUCCCGAACCCCCCACCGAGCAGGUCAAGGACCUCAAGGUCGAGGAGCAGACCGCCAAGCUCCUGCUCGACGAUGUCACCGGCGAGAUGAUCUCCAAGACGGAGCUCAAGAAGCGCCAGAAGGCCCGUCAGAGGGAGGCCGAGAAGGCCAAGAAGGCCGCCGCCGCCCCUCCCAAGCCCGCCGCCAAGAAGGGCAACGCCGAGGUCGACGAGAAGAACCUGGACCCCAGCCAAUACUUUGAGAACCGAUCUCGUACCAUCAACAAGCUGCGCGAGACCAAGGUCCCCAACCCCUACCCCCACAAGUUCCACGUCGACUACGAUCUGCGCAAGUUCGUCAACGACUUCGGACACCUCAAGUCCGGCGAGACCGACAAGACCAAGGUCCUCCGCGUCGGUGCCCGUAUCUACAACAAGCGCGCCUCCGGCAACAAGCUCUUCUUCUAUGAUAUCCGCGCCGAGGGCGUCAAGGUCCAGGUCAUGGCCCAGGCGCAGGAGGUUGCCGAGGGCAGCCCGUCCUUCGAGGACCAGCACCUGCACCUCCGCCGAGGCAAGCAUUGGAUCUGCGAUUGGGAAGGACUGCAAGCUGACCGCGCGACAGCGCCCAAGUCUAAGAUCGAGAAGGGCGAGGAGGGUGAGCUCUCCAUCUUCGCGACCGAGUUCGUUCUCCUCACCCCCUGCCUGCACACCCUCCCCGACGAAUACUACGGCUUCAAGGACCACGAGGAGCGCCACCGCAAGCGCUACCUCGAUCUCAUCAUGAACGAGAAGAGCCGUCAAAUCCUCAUCUCCAGAUCCAAGAUCGUCACCUACAUCAGACGCUACUUCGACGACAGGGAUUUCGUCGAAGUCGAGACCCCCAUGAUGGGUCCCAUCGCCGGUGGCGCCACGGCCAAGCCCUUCGUCACCCACCACAACGACCUCGACAUGCAGAUGUUCAUGAGAAUAGCUCCCGAGCUCUACCUGAAGGAGCUCGUCGUCGGCGGCCUCCACCGCGUCUACGAGCUCGGCCGCCAGUUCCGCAACGAGGGCAUCGACCUCACCCACAACCCCGAGUUCACCACCUGCGAGUUCUACCAGGCGUUCGCCGACGUCUACGACAUGAUGGACAUGACCGAGGAGCUCGUCUCCGGCCUCGUCAAGCACCUCACCGGCGGCUACAAGACCCAGUUCCACACCCAGCACGGCGAGGUCUACGAGGUUAACUGGGAGCGCCCCUGGAAGCGCUUCGAGAUGAUCCCCGAGCUCGAGAAGGCCACCGGCGAGAAGUUCCCCCCGGCCGACCAGCUCCACACCGCCGAGACCAACGAGUUCCUCCAGAAGGUCCUCAAGAAGAUGAAGCUCGAGUGCUCGCCGCCCCUCACCAACGCCCGCAUGAUCGACAAGCUCGUCGGCGAAUACAUCGAAGAGCAGUGCGUGAACCCCUGCUUCAUCUUCGGCCACCCGCAGGUCAUGUCGCCCCUCGCCAAGUACCACAGGGACAUCCCCGGCCUCUGCGAGCGCUUCGAGGCCUUCGUGUGCAAGAAGGAGAUCGCCAACGCCUACACCGAGUUGAACGACCCCUUCGACCAGAGACUCCGCUUCGAGGAGCAGGCCCGCCAGAAGGACCAGGGCGACGACGAGGCGCAGCUGAUUGACGAGAACUUCUGCAUGUCUCUCGAGUACGGUCUGCCUCCCACCGGAGGAUGGGGUAUGGGUAUCGACAGAAUGGUCAUGUUCUUGACGGACAACUACAGCAUCCGCGAGGUCCUCGCCUUCCCCUUCAUGAAGGAGGAGAAGCAGGCGGAGAAGAAGGCCUCCGCGGCGGAGGUCGUCGGCGUCAAGCCCGUCCCCGAAGAGGGCAUCGCCCACAAAUAG